UUUAUGCUGACGUCACGCGCCUGACUAACUAUUUACGUCUGUCUUUUCUACCAUGUUCGGUUUCAGUCGGGUUGCUUUGAGCACCCGUUUCUUCAUAUUUUCACGCACUCCUCAAUUCCAUUAUCCAAAUCACGGCCGCAGAAUAUGCACCACCCCUUCCCGACGAGCCUCGGAGCCUUCUUCGCCAUCCCCUGCUGAGCUCUAUUCUCGCCUUAGCAACACGACGCUAGCCAAGAAGUUACAAGAUGCGCCUGAGGCAAUGCAAGCUAUUCGAGACUUUAUGGUUAUAUUGCAGAAUGAGGGUCUUGACUUUUCGUCUGGUAAACCACCGUCCACGAUGCAAUUGAUGAAGCUGGGCAUGAAGAAGGAAGUAAGAGAUGGAAUGAUAAAAUUGACUACAGAAGCGCAAAAGGCAGGUAUAGAUUUGACAAACAAGGAUAUGAUUGCGGAAUUGAUGGCUGCAAUGAAGAGAUGAAGAGAAAUUGACUUUAUGUUCGUCAGUUCCAAUACUAAAUGUGUGAACGCAGUAAUUGACGUCGACGUUCCAUGGAUCGAGUAGAACAUUCUAAAUUUCAUCGCAGAAAGAAAAAACCUAACCUAUGUUGGACUUAUGUUACUAUAGUACUGUAACUUAGCCACUGAGAGGCCGCAACGCGUUAUCUGUACCAAUAAAUAGGAGCAGCCAUAGGUUCACGAAGUUGAAACACAUGAAAACAUCUAAGGGUUUUGAUAAACGUGAAAAGAUGGAAUGA